AUGCGCUUGCGGCAUGCAGUCUUACAUGUCUAUUUGGAGGGGUUCACUUGUCGCAUUCCUGAAGAAUUCAGGAGCGAUCUCAGGCUGCGCUCCCUUAUACCGCGCUUGAGGACACUGAACAUCUCGGCGAUGAAGAGCGACGGAGAUGACCUAGCUUCAUUGAUCUGUACUUCGGGCGCGUUGUCAACCUUAAUCCUUCACGAUUCGUCCGAUAUCUCAUCGGAGGGCAAAUGGUCUUCAGCACUUUCCGUGGACGGCUCGCUCGAAUGCAACGCCGAUACGUUCAUCUGGGACCCUUACGUUGGACUCAGGGCCAAUCCGAACCUGGAUAUGCUCACCAGAUGGUUCGAGGGCGGGAAGCGAUGCAUACAGAGACUGGCUACAACGGAGAUCGGCUCAGAGGGCACUCCGCAUUGGUUGGUGCAGAAGCUGCUCGACGCGUCAGGUGACUCUUUGGAACACUUGUUCCUUCACUUCCCUGGUGUACACUCGAGGGUCGACUAUGACGAGCUGGUGUCCAUCCCUAAUCUCGACAACAACACUCGUCUCAAAACGCUACACAUCGCAUUCCACCACUGUCGCCCUGACGUAACCAACAUUUUGUACACACCGAGCGCCCGCAACGCGUUCGGUAACCUGACACUGAUGGUCAUCCGUGUAAUGGCUUACGACAUGUGCCCGGAUAUAGAGUCGCAGGAUCUCUGGAUCGGACGCUGUGAUCUCUGUCUUAUCCACCCUCUGCUCAACUUGGUCUUCUGCUUUCAAUUCACAGUCAUUCAACCACCCAUUGCCGGGGCCCCACGUGAGACUGCGAUACCGUCGGGGGCUGACCGAACGCGGCAGAAAGUCAUCCGCUUCGUACAACUGCUCCCAACUCUUCAUCGCACAGGAGGAAGAGUGCGUUUUGGCAUUGUCUGGCAGACGCCUCACAGUGGGUCCUUUUUCAAGAAGGGCCUCGAUGGAGAGCACCAUCUGCCGGACUACUUUCUUGGUGAUCCGGAAUGGUACCACCCGGUCCAGGCUCCCUGGGAUCGCUUAUACUAG